AUGAAUUUUGGCGGAAAUCAAUACGCUUCGAUCUUCUCGACCAAGCUCUCCUCGGCGUAUAAUCAGCUCCGAGGGGACUUGGGUGCGCCGCAGACGGCAGGGGAGACAAUUGGGAAGCUGGUAGAGAGGAUACAGACGAGUCCAGCGGUGGAAGAUAGGCGAACGGCGGUAUUGGGACUGAAGGGGUUGAGUCGGGAUUGGAAGGAGGAUGUCGGGAACGCGGCGAUGGAGAGCCUCUUGGCGGUGCUUCAGCACGAUGCCCCUCAUGAUGUCGAUAGCGCCAAAGCCGUCCUCGAGACGUUCAUGCAGCUGUGCGAAGUGCCAGAGAAGCCCGCCAGAGACGACCCUGGACUCCGCUUCACCGACGUUUUUCUCUCAACCGCCACGCCCUUCCACUCCCUCCUCAACAUGUUAUCGACCUCCCCAUCCUUCUAUCCCCGCUUCUACACCCUCCAAUUCCUCUCGCAACUCCUCACUUCCCGCCCUGCCCUCUCGCAGUCAUACAUCAUGUCGGCACCGCCGCCCGGACUGGAAGGUAUCCUUUCCAUCCUCGACACACGAGCGCGCGAGAUGCUCAGGAAUGAAGCACUGUUGCUGUUGCCGGUGAUGGUGGCGGGGAAUGCGGACUUUCAGAAGAUCGUGGCGUUCUCUGGAGCGUUCGAGAAGCUGUUUGAGAUUAUUGACAAGGAGGGAGGAAUUGAUGGGGGGAUUGUGGUGCAGGAUACGCUGACAGCGGUUGGGAGUUUGCUGAGGUUCAACGUCUCGAAUCAGAACUAUUUCCGCGAGCUCUCACUCAUCCCGUCGAUCCCGCCAAUUCUUGGCUUCCCCGCUGGAUUGACUGCGGAUGCGCAAUCACCAGACGACUACUGCUUACAGUACUGGCCCGAGCAAAAGAUCCACAAUACAGGUCUGGUGCUUGGUCUGAUCCGGAUGCUUAUUCUUCAGUCCUCAAUGGCUUCAUCCAACGUCACUCGUGCUCUCGUCGAACUCUCUCUCUCCUCCAAUGCGCCCAACAGCAUCAAAUCCCAAUCCCUCAACACCCUCACACCCAUCCUCCUCUCUUCCACUGCAAACCAGAACCUGCUUUCUUCGUUGCAGCUUAGCCCGCUCGUGCCCGUUCCAGCGGACGACGCGAAUCCGAACGGCGGGUUCGUCCGGGAGGGAGCAAGACCUGGGGUCGUUACGCUGGUAGAUAGCGUAGUGGAGGGAGAUGCGGCUGGAGGGCGGAGCUUGAGGGGUCGGGCAGCCGGAGUGAACAUGUUCGAGGCCUAUGUGACGGGCAACGAUGAUGCCCGUCUAGACCUCCUCGCCUCCCUCACACCCUCCGACUCCCCCUCCGCAGGCUCCACCAUCCUCUCCGGCCUGCUCGACCUCCCCUCCACCUCGUCCACUCCCUUUGACCCAUACCGCCCCCUCUUCGCCUGCCUCCUCCUCGCCCACCUCCUCCGCUCCUCCGAGCACGCCAAGAAACUCGCUCGCGAAAUCACACUCACCCCGCCCGGCGGGGAAGAAGAGGACAAGGCGAGCCUGAUCCAGCUUGUGGUCGGGAACCUCAUGAUGGCGUCCCGAGAACAGGCGGAGGCGGUGAAUCGGACGGCGAAGGAUGGGAUCAGGCCAGAAGGGUCGGAAGGGAUGGACGAGGAGGAUUGGACGAGGGUCAUGGUCGGGUAUUUGGUGUUGCUGUGUACGUGGUUGUGGGAUAGUCCGAGGAGCGUCAAGGAAUUUUUGGGGGAGAGUGCGAAUUUGCAGAUUCUCAUUCAACCCAUCACCCAAACGACGGGCAUAGAUCCGCUCGUCCAGGGCCUGAGCGCGUUCCUCUUGGGUGUAUGCUACGAGUUCAACCGUGAACCCGGAGAGAUCACUCGCGCGACACUCCACCCAAUCCUCCACUCCCGUAUAGGUCCGGACCAGUUCGUAUCCCGCAUGGCCCGGCUGCGUGAGGACCCCCGAUUCCGCGCCGUCCAGCCCGACGCGUUCGACACGGACGGCGGAGCGGCGGACCACCCAGUGGCUGUGCCGGUCAGGGAUGUGCAGGAGGGAGCAGAGGGUGGGGAGAUGGGUGUGGAAGAGGAUGAGGGGCUGGAAUUGUGGUUUGAUUGGGCGUUUGUGGACUUUUGGAAGAAUCAUUAUUAUACUAUCCAGAGGAGUAUCGCCAUUGAGCCAGAUGCGGUCAGGGGAUCAGGACCUUCAUCCAGCGACGAAGGCGAGACUGCGUCCAUCAUCAUGUCCCUGCGCCAGAAGCUCAAGGCGCAGACGGACGAGGUGAUGCAGCUUCAAUCUAGGCUGUCGAAGAUCAAUGACGAGAACCGGGCAGAGAAGGAAAAGCUAUCGAAAGAGGUCUCCUCCCUCACCGAACAACUCUCCACCCUCUCCACCUCCCUCACCACAUCGGAGUCUGCCCAAAAAGACCAAUCCGCCCACCUCGACUCGCUCACUUCGCAGCUCGAAGCCGAGCGCGCCAAGUCCGCAUCCACCUCUUCUCUCUCUUCUGACCUGGAACGCACACAAGCCGAUCUCAAGACGACGAAAGAGAUGCUCUCGGCGAUGGAGAAGAGGGCGGAGGAAUCUGAGGCCAAGUUGAAGGAAGCGGAAGAGCGGGUGGAGGCUGCCGAGAAGGAGGCGAGGGAGAGCUUUAUUAGGGCUCAGUCGGCCGAGAAUGAGAAGGAGCACGAGGAUCUACUGGUUUUACUCGAGGAGAUGAGUGAGAAGAGGAAGAAGGAUAGGGAGCGGAUCAAGACGCUAGGCGGGGAGGUUAGUGAGGAUGAAGAGGAGGAGGAGGAAGAGGAGGGUGAAGGGGAGGACAAGGCAUGA